AUGCCUCGGCGGCACAAGAACAAGUACCAUGCCCAUGGGAAACACCACCAGGUCCGGGGGGACACUCAGGAGGCCCAGGCCAGUGCUGCUGCAGCCCCAGGAGAGGAGUGCCCCUCCUCAUCCUCGUCUGCCCUUCAGGGUUCUCCCCCGAGCACCCCUGAUACUGGCAAUCACCAGGAGCUUCAGGGAGCCAUGGCCCCUAGCUCUCCUGAUGCAGGGCCUACCUGCGUAGGAUCUGAUGAAGGAGCCCAGGGCCCAGAGGAGGAAAGUGCAGGUGGUUCCCAGGUGGUGCCCGUCAUGGAGAGCACUCUCAAAGAUCCCCUGGCAGGGAAGGCCAAGAUGCUGGUGGAGUUCCUGAUGGAGAAAUAUACCAAGAAGGAGCCCAUCACGAAGAAGGCCCUGAUGAAAGUCGUCAGCAGGAAGUACAGGCAGCAUUUCCCCGAAAUCCUCAGGACAGCCUCUGAGCACGUGGAGCUGGUGUUUGGCCUGGAGCUGAGGGAAGUCGACUGCAUCAAGAACAUCUACAUCCUCAUCAGCAAGCUCAGCCUCGGGGGCGACGAAGAUCCAAAUGAUGAGGGUGGGGUUCCCAAGUCCGGUCUCCUCAUGUUGCUCCUGGGGGUCAUCUUCAUGAAUGGUAACCGGGCCACCGAGGAGGAGGUCUGGGAAUUCCUCAAUAUCUUGGGAAUCUAUGCUGGGAGGAGGCACUGGAUCCUUGGGGAGCCCAGGAGGGUCAUCACCAAAGAUCUGGUGCAGAAGGAAUACCUGAACUACCGCCAGGUUGCCAACAGUGAUCCUCCACGUUAUGAGUUUCUCUGGGGCCCAAAAGCACAUCUGGAAACCAGCAAGAUGAAAGUCCUGGAAUUUUUGGCAAAGGUCAAUAAUGCUGUUCCCACCGACUUCCCCACUUAUUAUGAAGAAGCUUUGCGAGAUGAAGAGAAAGCCCAAGGGCUGAGAGGUGCAGCCAGGGCUCCAACCAUGGCUGAGGCCAGUGCCCCUUCCAGGAUCAAGUCCUGCAGCUCCUCCCACAUCUAG